AUGACGUGCUUGGAAAACCUCUACUUCCUCCGGCAGCCUGGCACCCGGCAGGACUCCCAGGCUGGAGGCGGCUCUGGCCCACUGCCCUCGGGCCCAGGCCCUCACGUGGGCAUUGGAGAGGUCGGGAGAGCGGACGCUGGAUUCAACUUCUAGAUUCAACAAGUCUGUCGACUGGAACUCGCAGGACAGGCGUUGGUGUGCCUCGUCUUUGCGUUGAUCGUGUUCUCGUGCAUUUUCGGCGAGGGCUACAGCAACACCCACCAGUCCCAACAGAAAUACUGCGUGUUCAACCACAACGAGGACGCGUGCGGCUACGGCAGCGCCAUUGGGGUGCUAGCCUUCCUGGCCUCGGCCGCCUUCCUAGUGGUUGACGCCUAUUUCCCCCAGAUCAGCAACGCCACUGACCGCAAAUACCUGGUCAUCAGCGACCUGCUCUUCUCAGCUUUCUGGACUUUCCUGUGGUUCGUUGGUUUCUGCUUCCUCACCAACCAGUGGGUGGCCACCAAGGCGGAAGACGUGCUAGUGGGGGCCGACUCGGCCCGGGCAGCCAUCACCUUCAGCUUCUUCUCCAUCUUCUCCUGGGGCGUGCUGGCCUCCCUGGCCUACCAGCGCUACAAGGCCGGCGUGGACGACUUCAUCCAGAACUACGUGGACCCCACUCCAGACCCCGGCACCGCCUACGCCUCCUACCCUGGUGCGUCUGUGGACAACUACCAACAACCGCCCUUCACCCAGAACGCUGAGACCACGGAGGGCUACCAGCCGCCCCCUGUGUACUGA